GAUGCAGGUGGGUGAUUAGCGGCGCGCACAGAGGGGGAAGCCAUGGAAUUGAAGGCCUCCGCUGGGUUAUAGGAGGCGCGUUCCUAACGAGGGGUGUUAAACUCUCCAGCCUGGCAGCUUGAACUGGGUUGUCUGAGGUAAAAGGAAAGCAAUAUAGAACGGACCGUGUUUUAGAUUUGCGUCUCUGGUGCUGAGCCUGCGCGUGGGACAUGCGCAGAACAGCCACUGAAGCUGUUACGUAGCGUGGGCCCUUAGUUCUCAGGCGUUCCUCCCAGCUGCGAAGGCAGGGCUUCUAUAGACAGUAAGGCGAUGAUGAAUGGUAGUUUUGAUGGCCUUUUGCAGGAAAAGCAGCAGAGAGUUUCAAUGAUAGUGGAUCCCCCUCCCCGUAUAUGUGGAAGAGGAAAGGCUGUACAGUAGCUCAGUGAUAGAUUUUCUGCUUUGCAUUCGGAAGGUCGUAGGUUCAGCAUCUCCAGGUAGGGCUUGGAAUGUCCUCUGGCUGAAACCCUGGAGAGCUGUUGCUCGUUCUAGCAAGCUAGAUGUACCAGCGGCCUGCAGCUUCCUUUGCUUCUAAAGUAGCUUACCGAUGCAAAGGUGUUUGUGUUGUCAAGCAUGCUCUGUGCACUACCGCUGUUAAUUAAUUUGCUGCACUUCCUUUUGGCCUAAGUGACUUUCUGCAUGUUCUCCUCAACUUCUACAAUCACACCCACCCACCACCGAUCCGGUACAUACACAUGCAUCUGUAAAUGAGGACAGUACUUUACGUGCCUGAUGAAGUGAGUUGCAGUACGAUUGCGGCUUAUGCACAUUUAACAUAUGUGAUUUCCAAAUUUAUGUGCGUGGCUGGGGGAGGGGAGGAGGGAGGUGGGCAUCUGAGGGGAAAAAACCGUCACCAGCAAUCCCACCCAUCAUUGUACAGCUUGGGAAAGGGUGCUGAGGUGGAGUCAGUGCGAACAGCGUUGGAGAACGUGUGAAGGUGCAGUUGGAGAUUGAGAGUAGUAGCCUUGGUGAUUAAGAAAACAUGGCCCCCAAACGCAAGCCAGGGCCCUCUGCUGGCGUGCAACACAAGAAACAACGAUUGGUCCCAACACGGCAAGAAAAAGUAGCUGUGCUGGACUGCUUGAGAGAUGGCAUGUCAGUCUCUAGUGUGGCACGCAAAUAUAGCCACAGUGAAUCUAAUAUCCAUGCCAUCAAGGUUCGAGAGAGAAAAAUCUGUGACAUUGUGGCAGCAAGUGCUCCAAUAACUGCUCACGUGACAAGCCAGGUGCACGACAAGGCUUUAGCGAAGACUGAGAAGGCAUUAAACUUGUGGCUUGAAGACAUGAACCGCAAACGUGUGCCUACUGAUGGCGUGACGUUACGGCAAAAGGCUCUCAGCCUCUAUGCACUCUUCAAACCUUCUGCCGAGGAUGGGCAGCCUGUGAAGGAAUUCAAAGCCAGCCACAGUUGGCUUAUCAGUUUUAGGAACCGCUUCAAGCUGGAAAAUGUGCCCACAACUGGUGAAGCGUCUGCAUCUGCCGACAAAGAGGCAGCAAAAGCCUACCCCAAACAAUUAAAGGAACUGUUAGACGAAAAGGGAUACCUUCCUGAGCAAGUUUUUAAUGCUGUUGAGACGGGGCUGUUCUGGAAAAAAAUGCCUGGCCGGACGUACAUCUCCAAAUCAGAAAAACAAGCCCCUGGCUUCAAAGCAGCUAACGACCGUGUGACUGUGUUGCUCUGUGGCAGUGCAGCUGGGCAUUUAAUAAAGCCAGGUUUGCUGUACAGGUCUGCAGUCCCCCGUGCCCUGAAAGGCAAGAACAAAAAUCUCCUGCCUGUGUUUUGGCAACCCAAUAAAAAGUCUUGGGUGACUGCAGCAACAUUUCUAGAUUGGUUCCACAAUUGCUUUGUUCCGGAAGUUAAGCGGUACCUUGAAGAGAAACAAUUAGACUUUAAAGUGUUGCUGAUUGUGGCCGAUGCUCCUGGUCACCCCAAGGCACUCUGCUUUGCACAUGACGAUGUUGAAGUUGUCUUUCUCCCGCCCAAUACGGCCUCCAUCAUCCAACCUCUUGACCAAGGUGUGAUUCGGUGCUUCAAGGCAACUUACACAAGGCUCACCUUCUCAUGGAUACGUAACACUAUGGAUACUGAUCCCAACCUUGAUGUCAUUGAGUGCUGGAAGUCCUUUAACAUGGCCAGUUGCAUCACUUACAUUAAGCAAGCAGUAGAUGCAAUCAAGCCCGAAUCGGUGAAUGCAUGCUGGCGCAAGUUGUGGAAAGAAUGUGUGAAUAAUUUUAAGGGUUUCCCAACCAUUGACAAUGAAGUGGAACAUAUUGUCCAGAUGGCCAGGCAAGUGGGUGGUGAUGGCUUUGUUGACCUCAUUGAGGAAGAAGUUGAAGAGUUAAUUGAUGGCCAUGGAGGAGCAUUGACGAACGAAGAGUUGGAGGAACUGCUAAGAUCAUGUACAGAAGAUGAAGAGGAGGAGGAUGAACAGGAUGAGCCAGCAAGUUGGAAUCUGCAUAAGUUUGCUCAAGUCUUCCAAGCAGCAAAACACCUGAAUGAUUUGAUCGCCGAGUUUGAUCCCUCUAUGGAACGAAGCCUCAAAAUCACACAGGGUAUUACAGACAGUCUGAAACCGUAUCGAGAAAUGUUUGAACAGCUCAAGAGACAACAGCGACAGUUGCCAAGCACCAUGUUUCUCACAAAAAACGCAGCGGUAGCAAGUGAGCCGACACAAUCAACUUCUGAAGCUGAAACAGAGCCAGCCACUUUGCCUGCAACUCGCAAUCUGUCGCCCAGGCCUGGCCCAUCAUCUCCUAGAGCAACCUCAAGCCCUGAAGAGGAUGAGGAAGACUAAGCAACACGGUCAUUGUGCACAGCAAUAAGAAUAGAGUGCAGAAACCAUGGACAACCAAUAUGAUUUCAUUAGCACCCCAACUUGCAAUGGACUUUCAUCUCGUGAGCAGAAAGCCAGCUCCUUAGUGGCUGAAGGUCAUGGCCAACAAAUCUUAA